UGCCUCAACUUGUAAAAUAUACGUAAUGAGUGCUAAAACUUGGCAAUUUGGUUCAAAUACGGUGCCAAACACGUUUGUCUACGGAUUUGCUGCUGACUGGGCUUGACAGCGUGGCGUGGGGCCCCUUGUCAGCCACUGGAGAGGCGUGUGCCCGUGCCGCCGUUGGCCUUUUUCCGAAAUAACCCUUGGACUAAUGUUUCCCGCUCAGAAAAGCUCCUGGCUCGGCGGGACAGGGAACCCCGCACAACUUUUUCCAUAUCACCUCCUGUAUCAUUGCAUCUGGCAAAUCAGUACAUGCUUGUUCGUCUGCCUCGAGCGCUCCUCCUCCUCUGUCUCUCCCUUCUGAUUGUGGGAAGGCGCCGCCCCCGUGGAUCGUGGCGAUCGCAUUGAUCGUCGCCGGCGAGGAUGGCGGAGCCCCGCCGGCGUGCUCCUGGAGAUGCAGCCCCUCCUUAUGAUGCUUUUGAUGGUCUUUUCUCGGUUGAGAUACAUCACAAAGGUUUCUUUUGUGGAACUGACAACAACAACACCUACAUGGAUUAUGAAGUUGCAUGGUUUGACAACUGUGAGAGUGAUACAUGGUCCUUGUUAUGGAUUGAUGACUUUUUGCAGCAGCUAGGUUAUGACAGAGAUUGUUUGAAGCUUGAUGUGUACUGGUGUCAACCUGGAAAGACAUUGGUUGAUGGGCUAAGAAAUUUGACAUGUGAUGCAGAUAUCCUUGCAAUGAUAGCAGCAACUACAGAGCACAAGAACUUGUUAUUGAUUGUAGACCAUGGAGAGAGACUUGACAGUGCUCUCAGAGAUGAUAUUUUACUUGAUGGAGUUCCUGUACUUUCAAAGGUCAUUACUCCAGGAAAAGAAAGCAAGGGAAAAGAGCAAUAUAGCUGUCCCGAGGAGAGAAGUGUGCCAAAUAAGAGGAGGUCUAGGAGGUUAUUUGGGGAAGGUUCAUCCUCAGGUUGUGCUGAUGAAGAAUUGGAGGAACAAGAUGGAGUAAAUGCAGCUGAAUCAGAGACAGAUGAGGAUUUCUAUGAUAGUGACUAUGACAUAGAAGAUGGGGAUGACGAUCUCUAUGUAAAAAAUGUUGACAAAGAAGUGGAUGAUCAUAGAGAGAAGGACACAGCUUGUGACUAUGAAGCAGAGUUAGCAGAGGAUGCUCUAGAUGAUUCACACUUACAUUUGUCCAAUGAACAAAGGGAGAAGUUGAAGUACCACUUCAAGGGAUUUAAUCCAGAAACUGAUUUGAAUAACCCUAUUUUCAAGCUUGGACAGGUUUUUGGUAAUGUGCAGGAGCUGAGACAUGCUAUUACAUCGUAUAGCAUUAGAAAUAGAGUUCAAGUGAAGAAGACAAGGAACACAUCCAAGAAAAUAAUAGCUGUGUGCAGUGGUGAGUGCCCGUGGUAUCUCAUGGCAAGCAAGGACAACAGAACAUCCAGUUUUGUUAUUAAAAAGUACUGUGACGAGCACACUUGUACUAAAGCCUGGAAUCUCAAGGGAUUGACAGCUCCGUUUCUCACCAGAAAAUUCAAAGACGAGUUCAGGGACAAUGAGAAGAUGCCAUUGAAGAAAUUUUCAGAGAAGGUGCAAACAGAGUACAACCUCAUACCAACCAGGAGCAAAUUGGGAAGAGCUAGAAGAUCCUCGGUGAAGGAGAUAAGGGGGGACGAUGAUAACCAGUACAUGCAGUUGUGGGAUUAUGGAGAGGAGUUAAGGAAAAGCAAUCCUGGUAGCAAGUUUUUCCUAUGUACAAAGGAAAUAGAAGAUGAGAAGACAAAAGAGAUAAAAGAGCACUUCUCCACAUUGUAUUGGUCAUUGGAUGCAUGCAAGAGAGGAUGGCUUAAUGGUUGCAGGCCAAUAAUUUUUAUUGAUGGAUGUCACUUAAAGACCAGAUAUAAAGGAAAUCUACUCACAGUUGUAGGUAUUGACCCAAAUGACUGUAUCUUCCCCAUAGCAUUUGGCAUUGUGGAAGUGGAGUCAACUAGCAGUUGGGAGUGGUUUCUGGCAAGCCUAAAGGAUGUACAACAAGCAGAAGGAGGUGGCCACUGAUAGAAAAUGGGGUAAAAGACUGUGCCCAAAAAUACAGAAGAAGCUUGACAAAUUUACUGAAUGGGCUGCUUUCUGCAUGGUUCAAGCGGCUGGUCAGAAAGUUUUCAAGGUGUCAUCAAUGAACCAUUCAUACAUUGUUGAUUUGAACUGUGAGAGUUGUGACUGCAAAAGAUGGGAGCUGUCUGGGAUUCCAUGUCAUCAUGCCAUAGCUUGUGCUAGAGAGGAGAGGAUAGAUCCCGAGAGCCUGGUGCACGAAUGCUACUCAGUAGCUACUUACAAAAAAGCUUAUAGUUUCAAUAUCAAGCCCAUGAGAGACCAAGAGCAUUGGACAAAUAUGGAAGGAGUGGACGUGUACCCACCUGUGUACACCAAGGUGAUGGGUAGACCAAGGAGAAAUAGAAAGAAAGAUCCAGAAGAGAAGCUUGACAAGGAAGGGGGCAAGAAACUAACUAAACAUGGUGUAACCAUGCACUGUUCUGUUUGUGGAGCAGCAAAUCACAAUAAGAAAGGUCAUAAAAAGUGGGCAGAAACAAAUAGAGAGGCCCCAGUAGUUACAGAUGAUGAUUCAGAAGAGGAGUUUGAUGAUCCAUCCAUAAUUUCAAACAUCAUGCCACACACAGUUCAUCCAUCUAUGGAUCCAUCUCAAACACCAGGAUCAAUGGUUUACCUCAUGCAGCAAAUGGAGAGGAUGUCAUAUCAACCAGUCAUGGACCAUGGUCCUCUUCCUGAAUCUUCAUUUGUUACACAAGCCAGAGCUAGCAUUCCUCCACCAAGAGUGACAACUGCUAUGGCAAGUGGAAGAGAUAGGAGGAGGGGUGUUACUGAAGAUAUUCCGGAGGAUGUGCCUCAAUCCAGCCACCAAACAAGUGAUAAUACAGGAGGCAGGAAGAGGCAAGCUAGAGGAGGUGGUAGAGGAAAUGCUACAGGAGGUGGGAGGAGAAAUGCUACAGGA